UUUGGUUUCCCUGGACACCGUUCCGAGUUACCCGCAACCUCAGCGCCCCCUUCCGACGUCCCGGGGGCUGAUGACCCCCGAGCGCUCUGGCUUCUCUGGACUGUGUGUUUUCACUAAAAUAAACCAAAAGAGGACUGGUCAGUUCUUAAAUUCUAAAACUAUGGCCCAUGGUUUGGUGACGUUUGCAGAUGUGGCCAUAGACUUCUCUCAGGAGGAGUGGGCAUGCCUGGACACUGCUCAGAGAGAUCUGUACUGGGAUGUGAUGUUGGAGAACUACAGCAACCUGGUCUCCCUUGAUUUGGUAUCAACCUAUGAGACGGAGAGUUUACCUACAGAAAAGAACAUUUAUGAAAUAAGUUUUUCCCAAUGGAACGCACAUCGAAAAAGUAAAUCCACUGGCCUUGACUGGAAGUGUACAGGUGAGUUUGAGGCAUCACCAGGCCAUCAAGAGAGAUAUAUCCAUCAAAUGAUAAUCAACUGUGAAAAAACACCUACUUGUAGAGAAAGUACCUCUGGUAGACCACCUCAGAAACCUCAUAAUAGAGAGAAUUCCUUUGAGUGUAAGGACUGUGGGAAGGCCUUUAGUCGUGGCUAUCAACUUGCUCAACAUCAAAAAAUUCACACUGGUGAGAAACCUUAUGAAUGUAAGGACUGUAAGAAGGCCUUUCGUUGGGGCAAUCAACUUACUCAGCAUCAGAAAAUCCAUACUGGUGAGAAACCUUAUGAAUGUAAGGAUUGUGGGAAGGCCUUUCGGUGGGGCUCAAGCCUUGUGAUUCAUAGGAGAAUUCACACCGGUGAGAAGCCCUAUGAAUGUAAAGACUGUGGGAAAGCUUUUAGGCGUGGCGAUGAACUCACUCAACAUCAGAGAUUUCACACUGGUGAGAAAGACUAUGAAUGUAAAGACUGUGGCAAGACCUUUAGCCGUGUGUAUAAACUCGUUCAACACAAGAGAAUUCAUAGUGGUGAGAAACCUUAUGAAUGUAAAGAUUGUGGGAAGGCCUUUAUUUGUGGUUCAAGCCUUGUUCAACAUAAAAGAAUUCAUACUGGUGAAAAGCCCUUUGAAUGCCAAGAAUGUGGCAAGGCUUUUUAAACACAUAAAUAUCUUACUCAACAUCAGAAAAUUCAUACUGGUGAAAAACCUCAUGAGUGUAAGGAAUGUGGCAAGGCCUUUCGUUGGGGUUCAAGCCUUGUCAAACAUGAGAGAAUCCAUACAGGUGAGAAACCAUAUAAGUGUACAGAGUGUGGGAAGGGCUUUAACUGUGGCUAUCACCUUACUCAGCAUGAGAGAAUCCAUACUGGUGAAACGCCUUAUAAAUGUAAGGAAUGUGGGAAGGCCUUUAUUUAUGGGUCAAGCCUUGUUAAACACGAGAGAAUCCAUACAGGUAAGAAACCCUAUAAAUGUAACGAAUGUGAGAAGGCCUUUGGUCAUCGCCAUCAGCUGACACAGCAUCAGAAAAUUCAUACUGGUGAGAAACCCGAUGAAUGUAAGGAAUGUGGGAAAGCAUUCAGUAAUGUAAUCCAACUUAGAGAACAUCAGAAAAUUCAUACCGGUGAAAAACAUUGUGCAUAACAAGAGUGUCAGAACACUUCUACACAACCGUCAUGCCUUCCUCGAUACGAGGAAAAUUCAUGAUAUAAUUUAACAUAAGAAAGCCUUCACUGGUCACUCUCCUGUUUACAGAGCAUCAGCGUAGUCAUACUAGAGGCAGAUUUGGAGAAUGGAGAAAUCACAUUUUCCUUCAUGAUCACAUGAUCACAUGAUUUUUCACUGGAUAGGUUAGUUUAAUAAAUGCAUAGAAGCCUUCCAGUACAUUCAAUCCUUGUUGAAUUUCAGCUGAUUCAUUCUAGAGGAUCACCCUGCUAAUGUAAUGCAUGUGGGAACGCCUUUAGUCAUGGUCCGUAUCCUACCUGUCAACACUACAAUCCCCACCUCUUUACUCUCUGUGAGACACUGAACAAACUACUUUUUACCGCUGUGCAUUAUUUGUAAAAUGAGGAUAAUUACGCUUAACAAAGAUUGCUGUUGUGAUGAGUGAAUGAGUCUGGUACGUGUAAACUCUUUGAAAGUGUGUCUGGAACAUUGUGUAAGCUCAAUAAAUAUCAGCUAUUGUCGUUUUAUGGCCAUUACCAUUAGUGUUGCUGUUGUGAAUUCUUACAAGAGGAACAUCUGUGGGUGCAAUGAAUUUAGAAGAAGACUAUUGAACUUUUAGAGGAAAACACAGGAGAUUAUCUUGGUAACUUCGGGUUAAACAAAGAUUUCCUAGUACACAAAAGAGACUAAACAUAAAAAGAAAAGUUAAGAAAUUGGGCUUCAUCAAAAUUACAGAGUUCUGCUCAUCAACUGAUGUCAUUGCACCACUAAAAUAGUGAAAAGGCAAGAAAGAGACUGGGAGAAGAUAUUCACUCUACAUACUCCUGACAAAGAACUCACAUAGAAAAAAAGACUCCUUGAAGGCAGUAACAAAUGAACCAAUAAAAAGAGGGAAAGACUUGACUAGGUACUUCACAAGAAAAGACCUGAAUGGCCAGUAAGUAAAUAAAAAUGUGCUCAACACCAUUACACAUCCAGCCAAUAAAACCCGUUGCUGAUGAGUCAGUUCCACCUCAUAGCAACCCUAUAAGACAAAGUAGAACUGCCCCAUAGGGUUCUACUGCCACGUUGUUCUCCCGCAGAGCACAGAGUGGCUGUUGGGUUCAAUCUGCCAACCCUUUGGUUAGCAGCCAAGUGCUUAACCAUUGCACCACUAGGGCUCCUUUAUUACACAUCAAGGAGAUGUAAAGUGAAACAUGAUGCCAGUA